CAUAUAGGAGUAAUAAAACAAAUACUAUAAAAAAUAAAAAAUAAGUGACGAUUGGUAUUGGAUGGAUGGGUGGAGAUGCUUUAAGAAUCAACACGUGUCCUCCAACACCAUUGCCCUUUUCUUUCUCUCUCCCUUUCUCUCUUUUCACCCAUUUUCCUUUCAUUAAAAAGUUUCUUUUUUUAUUAAUUUUUUUUUGUCAUUUUUUCUCUUAAUCUCUCUCUCUCUCUCUCUUCUCUUCUUCUCCAAUUCCCUUCUUGUGAUUCAAAGUCUCAAUAACCACUCACCAACCAAGGUAUCAAAUUCAGCUACAAAGUAAGAAUAAGUGAAGACAAGGAAGAGUUAAAUUAGAUAAUAAAGUUUGUUUCUUUCAAGUUUCAACUUUCAAGCUGUUUCUCUUUCUCUAGAAUUGAGGCUGAUAGACAGAUAAGAAUAUGCUAGUGGUUGGAAAGGUUGUAAGGUAGCUAUUUUUGGUCAAAAUUAUCGACAAAUGGAAGUUCGGAUCUAUUGUUGUUGGCAAGAUUUGAAUUUUACUUUCACCACCUUUUAACCAGUCCAUGCUUUGGAUAAUUGAAUUGCUUCCUCCUUAAGUUUUAUCUUAGACAUGGAAAAUCAUCUUCUAAAAUCUACUCAUCACAUUCUUGGAUCGUUUUCAAUCAGAAAACUAAGUGAGAAAUCAGUGAAAAUAUGACUAGCCUUGUGAUAUCAAAAGGGUGGGAUUUUAACUUUUUGUAUUACCUAGACAAGGGUUUUCAUGGAGGAAAUGUCAGUUGCAGUGCCAUUAAGAGCAGGUAAUUCGGUGUGCGAUAAUCCAACCAUAGCUACUACCCACAUGAAUGUUUCGAGACUUAAGUUGAUGGCAAACACAGAGUUGAUAUCAAAUGCUAUAACUACGAUAUCCGCUGAUACUUUUAUAGGUUCGGAUGAGGAUCAUAUUGCUGACAAUCUGGACGAUGAAGUUGGUGUUUCAGCGGCCACACCGCCUUUGCAUGAGAGAGAAGGUGAAAUUCUUUUGUUGAAUAUGAUAUCUCAAAGUAGCGAUGAACUUUUAGUCCCAGAAAUUGAUGAGGAUGAUUCAUUGUCAUUAGACGGGGAUCCAAUUAUUUACAGUACUCUAUCAUCAUUAACCAGUGAGAAUAGUAGUGUUUGUGGAGAUGAAUUCUUCAGUUCUGAAGAUAAUUCAAAUUUUAGGACAAGGAGUUCGAUGGACAUAGAUAAGAACAUCUCGUCUGUCGAAAUUGUUGCCAAGGCUGCUGUUUUCGACAAGUCAAAUGUGGAGGCAGGUAUUAUGAGUGAACCCCUUGCUGUAGCAUUGAGCCUUGGAGACGAAACAGGAGUUAGAUCUGACCCAAUGCCUACUACAGUUGUUCUUCAGCCAAUGCCUCUUGAAAAAGGGGCGAGCGGAACAGUUGGUCGGAGUGUUUUUGAAUUGGAUUGUACCCCACUUUGGGGAUUUACAUCUUUGUGUGGAAAAAGACCCGAGAUGGAAGAUGCUGUUGCGAUUGCACCUCGGAUGUUGAAAAUUCCUAUUCAAAUGCUAAAUGGUAGCAAAAGGUAUGAUGAAAUGAGCAAGGAUUUUAAUCAGCAGACGGUUCAUUUCUUUGGAGUCUAUGAUGGCCAUGGUGGCGCUCAGGUAGCAGAUUAUUGUCGUGAUCGUAUGCAUUUGGCCUUAGCAGAGGAAAUUGAAUUGCUCAAGGAAGGUCUUAUAAUUGGAAGUACCAAGGAUGAUUGUCAAGAUUUAUGGAGAAAAGCUUUCACUACUUGUUUUGUGAAAGUUGAUGAUGAAGUUGGGGGAAAAGCUAAUCGUGAACCUGUUGCACCAGAGACUGUUGGUUCCACUGCUGUUGUAGCUAUUGUUUGUUCAUCUCAUAUUAUAGUCUCAAACUGUGGUGAUUCGAGGGCGGUUCUAUGUCGUGGAAAGGAACCCUUGGCUUUAUCUGUGGAUCAUAAACCAAAUCGAGAUGAUGAAUAUGCAAGAAUCGAGGCAGCUGGUGGCAAGGUGAUACAAUGGAAUGGUCAUCGUGUAUUUGGGGUUCUCGCUAUGUCAAGGUCUAUUGGCGAUAGAUAUUUGAAGCCAUGGAUUAUUCCUGAACCAGAAGUUAUGUUCCUCCCUCGUGCAAAAGACGAUGAAUGUCUUAUUCUGGCCAGUGAUGGCUUGUGGGAUGUCAUGACAAAUGAAGAAGCAUGUGACUUAGCUCGGAGACGCAUACUUCUCUGGCACAAGAAAAACGGCUCGGAGCUGUCUUCACUAAGGGGAGAAGGAAUCGAUCCUGCCGCACAGGCAGCUGCAGAGUACUUAUCAAACCGUGCUUUGCAGAAAGGGAGCAAAGAUAACAUCACUGUCAUUGUGGUAGAUUUGAAAGCACAACGAAAGUUUAAGAGUAAAUCAUGACUGUUUAAUGAACUGAACUUAGGUGUUUGAACAUAUAAAAGCUGAAUUCAAUCCAAUAUAGUUUGGCUCAGUAAUUUUUCAUCUGGGAACAUAGAUUGAGCACCCUGCACUAAAUGAUAAAUUCCCCUUUCAUUUGAACUCUAAAUUGAUUAAGAGUUUCAUUGUACACUGCUGCAUUGGGGUUAUGUAAGUCUUUGCUGCUUAUUGUAGAUAUAGGAUUUUGUGCCUUUCGCAUGUGUCAGCGACUCAUCUUCAGCAUAUUGUAUUUGUUAUUAUGCCUCCUAGAGAACAAAGGCUCUGUGAGGUAUUUACUUCAUAUAGUUUUUUGCUUAUGCUGUUUAUAAAAAGGUGGUAGCUAUUUGGCAUUGUGAUUUUCA